AAAGGACAAGUAAAAAAUGUCAACGCUUGUGUAAUAUUGUUGAAAUAGCCGUUCUCAAGAGUCUCCCGGUGGCAUUGUAGAGAGCCCGUCGACGACAUUUAACCUUAUAAAAGUCCCUCAUCCAGAAUGUUUCAGAGGAGUCAAAACUUGAGAUUUUUGCUGAGCCUUGUGCCGGGUAAACGUCAUUUUGGGACGUACAGGUUUCUACCUAUCUUCUUUUGCAUCGGAGGUGUCAUGGAGUGGAUCAUGAUCAACGUGAGGAUAGGACCAGAAAGUUUCUAUGAUGUCUACAGAAGAAAGCGGUCAGAGCGGGAGUACCAGCAGAAGUUAGCAGACGGUUUGAUCGUUCUUAACGAGCCUGCAGCCAAGUGAUCGGUGGUCUGAUUCGAUGUGGACUCCACGUGUUUCGUCUAAGGACA